AGCAGCCAGAGGAGGACCCAUGCGGGAUCCUCGGGCAACUUGUCGAGCCCGAGAUCACCUACAUGCAUGUCAAGGCCUGUUAUGAGAACGUGCCUUAUAACGCGACGGAGGCCAACAACGUGCUGUCGACGCUCUAUACACUCUACCGGGACUAUUACAUCUUUCUGGACUCGGCCAUGAAUCCCAAUCUGGAGAAGCCUUUUACGACCCCACCGGUCGAUAUUUUGGGUGGACUGGAUCUGAUCUCGAGACAGGAUUAUCAGGGCGACUUUUGGUUCCAGAACGAUGUGGAUCUCCUGGUGAGCAAGCUGAAUGAUGCCCAUGCGAAUUAUCUCGCAAACUGCUACCGGCACUAUCUCUUCGUGCAACCGUUCGAGCUCUACGCCCCAGUCGCCCACAGCAUUCAGACUGUUCGGAUAUUGGUAGACAAGAGCGGCCAAGAUCUCGAGGAUUGCCACGUCCUAACCAUCGACGGCGUCAACGCCCUCGACGCCAUCCAAUCCUACGUCGACCUCAACUCGGCGAUCUCCAAGGACGCGGGCGUGCGACUGAACAAGGCCCUGACCGCCCAGGUCUACGACUCUGAGAACCUACGAUGGGACUACCUCCCCGGGAUGUUCACCACCCGGGCCACCCUGCCCGAACGUCAGGCGAUGCUCUAUCAUGUCCAGUGCGCACCCUCGCCCGCGUACCCGGAUGGACGGGACCUGCAGCUGAAGGCGGAUUGGGAUGUCUAUCGACUAGUUUCGUGGAACGAGUUCGAUAGCACGGAAUCGUUCUUGACCCAGAAUUGUUAUAAGGAUACCGACCCUCGUUCGAAUGAAGAGACUCAGGCCUCGGCGUUGAAGCAGGGGCGUGCGGGAGAGAAGCAGAGGGAUACAGGAGAACCCAAGGAGAAGGAGAAGAAGAAGAAGAAGAAACGAUUCGCGUGGGAUGAAUCUCUCCAGGUGGCUGUGGAAACCCCUCGACUGGAGACCCUUCAUCCACUAUCAAAGCUCUCUAAGCGUCAGGAGGCUUUUGAUCCGGUCUCUCGAUUGAUCUACAACGGCACAACUACCGGAUUCUAUCAGCUCCUCAAACGACCAACGACCGGUGUCGUCGUCAUCCCGACCCAUUCGGUGAAGCUCGAUCUGGAAACCGACGUCUUUGUCGAGGGCUUCGAUCGGCUCUACAAGGUCGGAGUUCGCAACGUGAUCCUGGACCUGACCUCGAAUGGAGGCGGCUACGUCAAUUUCGCAUACGAUCUCGUCGACUGGAUGUUCCCCGUCGAUAACCACUCAUCCGUAUACCUGUCCGAUCUGAGAUCCUCCGCGAGCGCCAAGGCCCUGGCGCAGAGGGAUCUGGCAGAAGUCGAAUACGCAGGCUACUUUAAUCCGGAUUCGUUCUCGGACCCGGACACGAACGAGGACAUGUCAAAGAAUUUCUUCCUGGAUGACCAACUCCAGCGCAGGGUCAGUCGGCGAUUGGGUUACACGCCUUUGGUCUAUAUGAAUCAUAACCUCGGUGCGUUCGAGCUGGGCAUGCCCUGGCAACAUGAUCCCCAGCGCGUCGUCGUCAUGACCGACGGCUUCUGUGGGUCCGCAUGCGGGAUGAGUCUGAACCGGCUCAAGAACACGCACGGGGUGAAAUCCUAUGCGUUCGGUGGACGUGUCGGUGAGGAUCUCUCGCUCUUUUCCUUCCCGGGCGCAUCCGUCUACGGAUUGGACGCGAUCCUGAACGAUUUCGAGAACCUGGGGGUCGAUCCUCCGAUGAGCCGGUUGAGGUACAAAGGCACUUAUCGGGUUCCGAUCCUCGAGUUCUUCAUGGAGGGGGAUCCGGUCCCGAUCGAAUUCAAUCCAAAGUACUUCAAGGCAGACUUUCAUGUGGAUUAUACCCCGGUGACGGCAAGGCACCAUGAGGUGCUGUGGGAGAUUGUCGCCAAUAACCAUUGGAGGGCUGAGGGUGAGUCUGGAGAUCAUCCGUCGAUUGAGAAGCCGUCGGCCGGGAGAUAGAGCAAUUAUCUGUAUAAUAAUAGUAAUAAUAAUAAUAAUAAUAAUCGCUCUA